UUUUGAAAAAUUGUUAGGGUAUGACGGUAAAUUCAUUGCGUUCCAAUCGAAUCCACUCCGAAGUUGUUCGUUCUCUCUCUUCGGAGGGCGGCAGUAGCAGGGCGUUGCCUUUCCAAAAGCCUCGGGUGUAGAGUGUGUAUAUACGGCUCCAAAUACAAUUAACGGUAACGUAAGAGUUGUAGUAUAUAAACGAUGGACUCGGGUACUAAUGGUGAAGAACCCACUUCUUGGGAUGAACUUUACACUAUUAAUUUGAUGCCGUCGGAGUUGUUUCUCAAGUUUCGGAAAGAAAUACAGGGUCUACGGAUUGGUGUCAAUUUUGAGUUCUACAAUGCUCCAUUCAAUGAGUAUCAAGCAAAAAUUGUAUUGAAGCCCUUGGCCCAUGAUAAAAGGUGGAAGUUCAUCUAUGAGCCUUUCCAACAGGAUGUUCGCGUGCUUUCAAAAAAGAUUCCUGUAACCAAAUUUUUAAAUCUCCAGGUUGGGAUAGGCCAUAAUUUUCAGAUGCAUGCAACUGGUUGGAAAUGGAAGCUUAGUACAUGUUUUGGUGGAGAUGGUAUAUCUCGAUUCCGGAAUAAGACAUCAGUUGGCUUGUUCCCAGGUGUGGAUUUCCGUUUUGGGUGGAGGGCUGAUUAUGUCCUUCCAGAAAUCACCGGGGCCCUGGGCACUGGUGAACCAUUAUUCAACAUGAGAUCAGGACAGUUGCAUGCAUCACUGGAUAGAGUUGAGGCCAUUCUAACCCAUAGUGAACCAGACACAUAGAGCUCAGAAGACCAGGGACUUAUCAAGCAUGUAACUAAUUGAAAUGCUUUGCAUUCCUCAAAAUGGAGGUAUAUUUGAUAGCAUCAAGUUAAGCUGUUUCUGUGUUGUGUCAUGGUCAAAUAUGGAACCGAACAUCCACUGAUGAAGAUGCUGGAAAUGCAAAAUAGCAGUAAAUUAGUGUCCUAUAAUUCCCUUUUGCUGCUGAGUGCAAAUCUUGUAAAUUGUGACAAGAUCUCGCGUGCAAUUGGCUUCAUUCUAAUGAGGGUUUAUAUUCCAAUUUGGUACACCAAUUAUGAGUGACAGAUAGUUGCCAUGGAUUUCGAUUGAGCUUUUGUAUUUGUUUUUUCUUCUUGUCCCCUUGUGAUUUAUCCAGUUUGAAUGAUCUAAUUUAUAAGCCGGAGCAACAUUGCGUGUUAACUGUACAUUUGAGCAUGAAAAAAUGAACUACUCCGUACUCUCCCAUCAAAGAGGUUGAAUGUAUAUUUUGUGCCUUUUGGUUGCGUUGCUCAUAUAUUAUGUAAUUGAUAAUAAAGAAUUAGUCUUUGGGUAAA